AUGAGCUACUGUUUAGAAUUUUUUGCCGGGUUGGCAGAAUGUGAGAUGCUGAAGAUUGAAACCGAUAUAUACAUAUUUUAUGGUAUUUUUAGGAUUCCAGCUUAUCUGGAAACGAUUCGAAAUGGCAGUAUUCCUAAUGCGACGAUCGAUUGGUUUGAUAAGGCAUCGUAUCUAUUAGAAAAGAAUAUUCCUGAGGAAAAUGGUACUUCGUCAGUGGUGUUCUUCGGUAGUCAAGCACAUAAAACUAUACGAGGAUUUUGCAAGCAGAUACUUUAUAAUACGGAUAUUUUUUUUUCUAGAGUUCGGUACUGGGAUUUAGCAAUAUGGAUUCCAAAUAUAUUGUUCUUUCUGUUCUUGGCGCUAAGGUUUGGUGGACUUCGUAGCAGAGUGCAGCAGACACAAAGCCCUGUGUUCAAAUCUUUUUUUAUUUUGGUACUGUUGUCUUCUUUACAGACAUCCUCAGUUUACUUAUUAGUAGUGUUAAAUCUGUUACGCUGUUUUGCUUCAAUUUCGAUUAUCACAUCUAAUCAGGUCGAAGAAUUUGUGGAUAAGGAUGUUGAUGAACCAAGCGAGUUUAGCCUUUAUGCGCAUGGAGGAAUGGGUCUUUGGAUGGUAUCUUCAGGAUUUUUUGCCAUUGUAUAUUCGGUUGCAUGCCUUAUCUCAAACAUGUGGACACACCACACAGCUACUGUACCGGUGCAAUGUUUGUUCUACACCUACUGCCUCAUUCUUGCAAUUUUAAACGCUAUCCAGAUGGUUGGAGCAGCGUUGAUGUUUACUGAUUCGUUGGACGGGUUAUGUACGGAUGCGACGCGUGGUGGUGGGCUGUUGUUUUCUUAUAGAAAACAAAAAGAUGAAACGAACGGUGAUAUACCAAAUGUUUCUAUCUAUUAUCCACAUUUUCCAGGUCUUACGUCUCCGUCUUACGACGACCUUUUUGACUGUGAUAGUAUGCGUCAACCUCGGUGUGAUUUCGAUGCGGGUAUCGAUACAAAUUUUUAUCAUCAAACAGACCUCAAUCAUGUGAAUGAUCAGUCGAAUUUCGAAGUGCCGUUGAUGACGUCACAAAAUACUCCGGAUUCAACGGUGACCACUCACGUUGACUGCGACUAUUCACCUGCAAUUUCAACAAAAUUGAACGGGUUUGACGAUCGUGUACUAUCAAUGAAACCGUCGUUGUAUGAUGUUGGUAGCACAUUUUCAUUUGACAUACGUCCAAAGCAUUUGAGAGGUUUGGGACCAAAUGGUACACUGAUAUUUUCGGCAGAAGAUAAACCGCUAGCAAAAUGUACAUAA